AUGUCCUCGUCCGGCUCAGCCGUUCUCCCCUGGGAAUGCCAGGACAAAGAGUACCAGGCCAAAACAAUUUACGAAUCCCCCUUCCGGCGAGCCAACCAGGCACUGUCCGAAGAGAACCUAAGACUCAAGCGCAUUCUGAGAUACAAUGGCAUCUCGUGGUCUCCGGUUGCGCAAGCCCACCUCAAGCAAAUGGGACCAACCAUGCGCCGGAGUCGACAGCGCAAGGCAAAUGGCCCCGGCUGCCCACAUCUUCCACCGAAGGUCAUCCUACGCAUCCUUAGAUUCGCUCUAACAGGCGCACAGCCCAUCAUUGAUCCCCUCAGCCCCACCACGUCCGAACAUCUGACCGAGCAGGAGAAGGCGAGGGGCAACCAGAUCGCCAUCCACUUUCUCGCCACCUGCCGAGCACUGUACGCGGAAGGUACUCGCUACCUCUGGAAACGCAACGAGUUCACGUUCACCACUCCUCAAGCCCUCCGCCACUUCGCGGAAUUGAGCCUCAACUUUCGUCACAAAAUAACCAGCAUCAGCCUUCGCAUCGUGGCUCACUACUUCGACGACCAGCGACGCAAACACAAAUUGGAACGGGAUUACCACGAAGAUCUCAAAGGAGACGUGAACCUCAGGGUCCAAAUGAGACCCCAGGAGACACCUAUCGUGCGUGGCGGAUUCCGGUGCUACACUUGGACUCAGAUUGUCGACUUCCUCGCCGCUCUCCGCGCCCCGUAUGACCCAGCUUACCGGGACAAGUACUACCCACGGCCCAGACUGCUCCCUGCCCUAACAACUUUGCGGAUGGACCUCGUCAAUUUUUCGAACAUACUGCUUCCUUUGUCUGGGUCCGAGCUUCAUGAUAUUGCGUGCCAUGAGCUUGGAUGUACGCUCAACGAGCUACAAAUUACGGGGAUGCCGCUGAACAAUGCCGGCACGAAGGCGUGCGCCGAGCUCAGUGGCCUGCUCAAGGACGAGGGACUCUACCUUGAGGGUCCAGCCUCGUUCAUUGCCUACUCAAAAUCCCUGCAACCGUUAUCCGGUCACGAUUGGUAUGAGGCACUGGUCGUCCGGGCAUGGAAAGGAAAGCCCGUGGGAUUGGACUAUAACGAGGAUGUCGAUGACCAUCUUGCAAACUCCAUUGCCAAGCACAAGAGACUGGGAACUACUCCCCCGGCGCCGCAAGAAGACGGCCACCCGACCUCUACGUGGGAUGAGAACACAGUCAUAUGGAAGAAGGUACCCACAACCCGCGAUAGCGACAAGCGUACAUGGGCCCUGUUCUCGCGCCUUAAAGGAUACGAAAUCGACUGCCUUGAUGACAGUGACGGCGAAAAGGUCGGCUCCUACGACGGAGAGUCGUACCCAGAGUCGUGCUUCUCGAGGACAUGA